AAGUAAGAAAAAGAAGAAGCACUUGAGACCGAUCAGAAAAAAAUUAGAAAGAUAUGAUUUUUGUAAGUCUUUUGAAAUUUGAAUCUUGUCCCGUGUAAUUGUGAAAUCUUACGUACGUCCUCUUUAUGACCUCGUCUUCGCUCAUUUCUGCCUUCCCUUACGAAAUCCCCAACGAAAAAUCUUAGCUUAACACCAUCGCGACCGGAUUCCAAAUUCCGGCCCAUCGUCUCACCGGGAAAGACCCCGCCUAUUGCCGCCGAUUUCGGUUCCGGUCUGCUCAGAUCUAAUCGAGUGGCUUCCUUCUUCCUCCAGAUCUCUUCACUUUGAAUCGGUUACUCGAUCUCGAUUCGCGGAGGGCUUUUGCUAGUCGCGAUGGAGGCGAUCGAUGAGUUGUCUCAGCUCUCAGAUUCGAUGAAGCAGGCGGCGUCUCUCCUCGCCGACGAAGAUCCCGACGAAACCUCUUCUUCCAAGCGCCCUGCCACUUUCCUCAACGUCGUUGCCUUGGGAAAUGUGGGAGCUGGAAAGUCUGCAGUUCUAAACAGUCUAAUUGGGCAUCCAGUGCUGCCGACGGGUGAGAAUGGUGCUACACGAGCUCCUAUAAUAAUUGAAUUGAGCAGGGAGAGUUCUUUGAGCAGCAAGGCAAUUAUCUUGCAAAUCGACAAUAAAUCUCAACAAGUUUCUGCAAGUGCUUUGAGACAUUCUCUGCAAGAUAGACUUAGCAAAGGAGCCUCAGGGAAGAAUCGUGAUGAAAUAAACUUAAAACUUCGUACCAGCACAGCUCCACCAUUGAAAUUAGUUGAUCUGCCUGGACUGGACCAGAGAAUUGUGGACGAGUCAAUGAUUGCUGAAUACGCGCAACACAAUGAUGCCAUACUGCUGGUUAUAGUGCCUGCUAGCCAGGCAUCUGAAAUUUCAUCAUCCCGAGCCCUGAAGAUUGCAAAGGAGUAUGAUCCAGAGAGUACUAGGACAAUAGGCAUUAUUGGAAAAAUUGACCAGGCAGCAGAGAACUCGAAAGCCCUUGCAGCUGUUCAGGCUCUUCUUUCAAAUCAAGGACCUCCAAAAACAACUGACAUUCCAUGGGUUGCUGUUAUUGGCCAAUCCGUUUCAAUUGCGUCAGCACAGUCUGGAAGUGGUGAGAACUCCUUAGAAACUGCUUGGCGUGCUGAGAGUGAAAGUCUUAAGUCCAUUUUGACUGGGGCUCCACAAAGCAAGCUUGGCAGAAUUGCGUUGGUGGAUACCCUUGCUAGCCAGAUUCGUAGCAGAAUGAAGCUCAGGCUUCCAAGUGUCCUGUCUGGGCUCCAGGGUAAGUCUCAAAUAGUGCAGGAUGAGCUAGCGAGGCUUGGUGAACAACUAGUUAACAGUGCUGAAGGUACAAGGGCUAUAGCUUUGGAGCUUUGCCGUGAGUUUGAAGACAAGUUUCUUCUGCACUUGGCUGGUGGUGAAGGAAGUGGUUGGAAAGUUGUUGCAAGUUUUGAAGGAAAUUUCCCCAACCGUAUCAAGCAGCUUCCAUUGGAUAGACAUUUUGACCUGAACAAUGUUAAAAGGGUUGUUUUGGAGGCAGAUGGUUAUCAACCUUAUCUUAUAUCUCCAGAGAAAGGGUUGAGAUCGUUGAUAAAGAUUGUCCUUGAGUUGGCUAAAGACCCGGCACGCCUUUGUGUUGAUGAGGUUCACCGAGUUCUUGUUGACAUAGUUUCAGCUUCUGCAAAUGCUACACCUGGACUUGGGAGAUAUCCUCCUUUCAAGCGAGAGGUUGUAGCUAUAGCAAGUGCAGCACUUGAUGGUUUCAAGAAUGAAGCCAAGAAAAUGGUGGUUGCACUAGUUGAUAUGGAACGCGCUUUUGUACCACCUCAACAUUUUAUCCGUCUUGUGCAAAGGAGAAUGGAAAGACAACGUCGCGAGGAAGAGCUGAAAGGGCGAUCUUCUAAGAAGGGACAAGAUGCAGAGCAGUCCCUUUUAAGCAGGGCUACUAGUCCUCAGCCAGAUGGGCCAACAGCUGGUGGUAGCUUAAAAUCAAUGAAAGACAAACCUAGUCCGCAAGAUAAAGAGACGCCGGAGGUCUCUGGUCUGAAAACUGCUGGACCUGAGGGGGAGAUAACAGCAGGGUACUUAAUGAAGAAAAGUGCAAAAACAAAUGGGUGGAGUAGGCGAUGGUUUGUUCUGAAUGAGAAAACUGGAAAGCUUGGCUAUACCAAAAAGCAAGAAGAAAGAAACUUUCGGGGCACGAUAACUUUGGAGGAAUGCACUAUUGAAGAAAUCCCCGAGGACGAAGUAGAAAAGUCAAAGAGCUCGAAGGACAAGAAGGCAAAUGGACCUGAUUCAAAAGGACCAGGCCUUGUGUUUAAAAUAACCUGCAAGGUUCCCUAUAAGACUGUACUCAAAGCUCACAAUGCCCUUGUGCUUAAGGCUGAGAGUGUAGUCGACAAGAACGAGUGGAUUAAUAAGUUGCAAAAGGUUAUCCAGGCUCGUGGAGGCCAAGUGGGCAGUGUUUCCAUGAGGCAGAGUCUUUCAGAAGGUUCACUUGAUAAGAUGGUUAGGAAACCCAUCGAUCCAGAAGAGGAGCUCCGGUGGAUGUCCCAAGAAGUACGGGGUUACGUUGAAGCUGUUCUUAACAGCCUUGCAGCCAAUGUUCCAAAGGCUGUUGUUCUUUGUCAAGUAGAGAAAGCAAAGGAAGACAUGCUGAAUCAACUCUACAGUUCUAUAAGUGCAAUAGGCAAUGAAAGGAUUGAGUCAUUGAUACAAGAGGAUCAGAAUGUCAAAAGACGAAGAGAGCGUUACCAGAAACAAUCCUCUCUUCUUUCUAAACUCACGAGGCAGCUUAGCAUUCACGACAACCGAGCAGCAGCUGCUUCAAGUUAUUCGGACAACAGUGGCACUGAGAGUAGCCCAAGAGCAAGUGGAGGUUCUUCAGGGGACGACUGGAUGAAUGCCUUCAACUCCGCUGCUAAUGGACCCUCAGACUCAUUGUCAAAGUACGGUUCCGGUGGUCACAGCCGCCGUUACAGUGACCCUGCGCAGAACGGAGAUGCAGCAUCACCAGGGUCUGGUAGCAACCGCCGCACCACCCCCAAUCGGUUGCCACCAGCACCACCGCCUACAGGUUCAGCUUAUAGGUAUUAGAACCUGAAGAAAAAACCCUGGAAGCGCAUUGUGUCCCGUUUUCUGGGACUACGUUACUCUUAUUUUUUCUAGUUUAAGACAGUGAUUGGAUGAUUGUACUACUGUUUUUUGGUCUUUGUAGAUAGAUAUUAUCACACACAUGUGUUGGCAGCUAAAAAAGAGUUUGGUCUCAUGAGUCAAAUGUCUGUUUGAAUUUUUGUUUUAUUUCUUAUUCAACUUUUCUUGGCAUCCAUUUUUUGAGCACGCUAUGCUGUAGUAGUUAUAGAAUGAAUUUUGUAUCUGAUAUUCUUAUGAAUCUGAACUGUUUGGGUAAAUUACUAAAUUUAUAAAAUCGAAGUUUCAU